AUGGCGGCUCGCAUACUUUCUCGGUUGAAUUGGGUUUCAAGGCGUUUUUAUGCUGCUACUGCGGAUUCAUCAAAAAUGACUUUAGCAGAGAAGGAAGCAGCAGAGUCCAAACAUGCUGAAUGUAAGUUUAAAAUGUGUUAAUAAGAGCGAAAUAUAUCGCAAAAGCGAUAUUGUUGUCUGAUAUUUGGUCGACCUAUUAAUCAUACGACAAUUUUAUAAACAGGAUUAAAAGUCUUGGAAACUCUCCCUUCUUUCCUUCCAACUCGAUUUUUAAAGACGUGUUUGAAUAGGUCUCUUUUUAAUAAGAACUAGCGUGUACCAUACCAAAAGUCAUUUCAACUAACCGAAAGAAAAUUUUAAUGAGGAGGAUUGAUUUCAGUUCUUCAGUAAUUUGAAUUCCCCCAAAAAACUUCACUCACCCCACGGGCAAGUUAAGAACAGACUUGACUAGCCCAAUAGCAAAAUCCACUAACCCUGGCCACUACUUUCUUUGUAUGCUGAGUUUGUCUUCUUUUUUAAUAAUUUAGCAACCAUGAAGACAUGGAAGAACAUUUCAAUUUUUGUGGCUGUGCCAGCAAUUUUGAUCUGUGCUUACAAUGCCUGGGUGAAGGAAAAGGAGCAUCAUACCCAUCCUAGGCCAGAGUUUCUUGAGUAUCCCCAUCUAAGGAUUCGUAACAAGGUAAAUUAAAUGAAAAAAAAAUGAUCCAAAUUGCUGUGCUUUUCAAUAACAUGCGAACUCUGAAGUUCAAAUGCCAACUAAUGUUUUCGUUCUUCAUUGCCAUCAUUCAUCUUAGCGGACCCCUCAAGAAACAGAAAUUUACUUUCAUUGAUUUCAAAAGUUUAUGGCGUGUGAUUUGUUAUUGGUGGAUUUUGAUCCAUUUUGUGUGGUUCUGAAUCUCGGUACCAUUACUUGUGAUGGUAAUUAAAUUUCAGAGUUUGCAUGUUAUUGAAAAGCACAGUAAUGGUUAUUUAUUAACUAUACACCAAUCCCAGCUAAGGCCAGGCCCUAAAUUUCAAUCUGACAUCAAAGUUAAUGAUAGACAAAAUCUUUAAGAUUGCACAGAGUAGGAAGGGAGUGUUUUUUUCUGUAUUACAUUAAUUUCAUUCUUCACAUGAUACAUUAACAGCAACUUUUUGUUCAUUGCUUUGCAACUUAGUCCCAAAUGAUACUCAAAAUACCUGUAAUAAAGCAGCUCUUACAGUAGUUUUAAUGACACAUUUCCCCCCGUUUUUUUUCAGUAAACAGAGUUCAAAAUAUAGACACAAGUAAUCCCACCAUCUUGUCUUGAAUUUGUACUGAAGAAAUUUACAGGAAUGAUACUUUUACUUUCAAAGAUGUUGAAACACACAACAUAUUUCUCUUUGUCUGAGAUUUGAAUAAAUUAUGACCAGGCUUGUAAGUACCUAAGUUGACUAAUAUUCUGAGACAUAAACCCUUUACAAUAAUUAAAAAAAUCGUCAUAUUCUUCUUAUUAUUUGGGAAUGACUUCAAUUAAUAGGAAUGGAUUGCAUUUCAUGUUAAAAUUGAAUACUUGAAAUUGCGCCUGGUCGCUAGGGGUGCUUCCGAUUUACUCACAGACGACUAAAAUUAAAAGCAAGUAGUCCACACAAGCGUCUAAAACUUAUGCUUCUUAUGACAAUAGCUUCUAUGCCAACUUCAAAUGAACAAACAACAAAAUUCCCUGCUCAUUCUGCACUUUUGAAACAAAAACUUAAAGCGUGUGGUGGUCGACCGUGGACAAAAAUAAUUCUGCAAGUAAAAUUAAACAAACAAGCACUUGUCUUGAAAUUGGCACCAGUGACCUCCACUCCCAGGGCUUCUGCUGCAGUACAGUUGAAGUUUCUUGUCUCAAAAAGAUCUCAAAUGAAUUUUGUAGUCUCAGAAAAACUUUUGGUAUCCCAAAAAAGCUUUUAGUUGGUCCUUUUUUAUUGCUUAAGAACUUUAACUUCACUUUGCUUAAAUAUUGUACAUGUAAGCAUUGUUGAUUGGUGUGAAUGGUUGAUUCAUGCCUCUUGAAACUCAAACAAAUCAAGUUUCAAGAUGCAUGAAUCGAGUUUCGAGGAUCUGCUUACUUACAGCAAAGGAGAUACAGAUACUGUCGAUAAGGUCAUCCUUGUUAACGAGGUUUAGGAACCAUGGCUCCAGAUCUUUUCUUGAAAUACAAUUGAGGUUCAGGAAAAGAUUGGCCCCUGAAUGUUUGCUGAACUUUAACUAUGCCACUAUUUAUGCCCUAAUGAAUUUGAAGUUUAUCAAUCAAUGGGUUUCUAGAAAUGUGGCUGGGGCUCCUAACUUUUUACUUUGACUUUAUUUUUUCUUAUGCAGUAGCCUUGACCGGAAUCUUCUAACCAUAGCCUCUUUUGGAGUAAAGAAUGUUGACUGAGUCAUUUAAUAACAUCAAUCAAAAUUUCACCAGAGAAAUAUGCCACUAUUGUCUUCUGUUGCUUCCAGUCACUUGCCUGUAACAGGAAAACUUUCUUUUCAUUUUUUGAGGAAUUUUUCUCUGCAGAGUUAAGUCACCUGCAUUUUAAGAAUCAUCUUUUUGAGUAUUGUAAAUUCAGAGCUUCUUUAUACCAAAAAGCACUUUUUUUAUCACAACUGAAUGAUUUCUUGUGCACUGUAAGGUCAAGAGCUAUGUUUGAUAAGAGUACAGACCCUGGAAAUGACUGGAUGGUGGCACAAUUUGGUUUUCUCUUUCUUGCACACCCAAUUUUCCAAGAAACUUCAACGGAAAUGGGCAUCAAAAUAAUUUUGAUGCCCAUAAUAAUUUUAUUAUCAAUGUUAUUGUAAAAACAAAUUGAGAGCAUGGUCUGUUCUCUUAUGGACCAUAGAAAUGAGGUCAAAAUUUUGGUUUUACUUUGCAGUAAAACUACUUGCCAUUAUAGUCAUUUCAAUGGUCGGUAAGAGUACAGACCAUGGAAAAUUGUUAUCGAUUUGGUAAAGUGGUGAAUUUUUGUGGGGCAAACAAAAAAUAAUUGUUAAGUGAGAUGUGUUGAUCAGCCAACUGUCACCUGUUGUGCACAUUCAUGAACAUUCCAAUCAUGACAAUAACAAACCAAACAGCACUCCUCAUUUGGAAAAAGGCUAUUGUUGAAUUCAUUACUAUUAUUAUUUAGAACAAAAAAAGAAAUGUUGAGGGCAAUAAUUCCUUUCCUUAUAAUAAUAAUAUUGAUAAAAGUCUUUCCUAAAUAAUGAGUGGAACCCCAGGAGGGGGGUACUCAGGAUUUCAAGUGACGGGGAUGAUCGAAUGGAGCCAAAAGUCAAGACCCAAAAAAACCCCUAGGGCUUCCAGCAAAACCCCAAAAAAUCUUUGGACCAAAAAUUAACCCCCAAAACAUCCCAUGCCGAUUUUGUGGCCCUUAUAACUUCCAGGAAGGGGUAAUACUAAAACACAAAGAAAAACAUUGGAAAUUGAACACUCAUGUUUGUUUAUUCAUCAUACCAUCUGAAUAUAUCCUUUCCCUCAUCUGAUUCUUUUUAAUACCCCCAAAAAAUCCCUACUCAAAUCAAACUACCCAAGCCAAAUUUUCGUACCCAAAAAAAUCCCGCAAUCAAAAAUUUCAAACCCCAAAAAAUCCUUUGAUCAUCCCCGUCACUUGAAAUCCCGAGUACUCGCCCUGGGAGUGGAACAUGCUAGGUGUUUGGACUGUAACACAGUUGUGACUUGUAUACUGUAUUUUGCAGGCAUUUCCAUGGGGUGAUGGAAAUCACAGCUUGUUCCAUAAUCCACACGCCAAUGCUUUACCUACAGGUUAUGAAGAUGGCAAUGAAGGUCAUGAACACUGA